CCUUCGUGCGGGCCCAGCGCCUCUCUCACUCUCUCCGUGCGUGAGGCGAGCGGGAAGGCCGCGCAGCCCCCUCGACGCCCGUUUCCCAUGCAGGAGACCGAGGAGAGCCUGGCGGCGGCCGCGACCUCCACCACCGCCGAAGCCGAGAGGUCCGGAGGCGGAGGCAGUGGCGGCAGCGGCGGCGAGGACUCGGAGGCCGAGCAGCCGGACGGGCCCUCCGCGGAGGAGCCUGAGGGGACGAAGGCCGAGCCGGAGCCGCCUCAGGAGCCCGAAAAAGGCGACGCCGAGAAGGCGGACGGCGACGAAGAGGCGGACGAGGAAGCUGAAGGGCGGCGGCGGCGGCAGCAGCACCAACCGUCGCCGCCGCCGCUCGACGCAGUGACGGAGCCGCCUCCGCUGCCGCCUCAGCAGGACGAGCCGCCUGUGGCUGCUGCCGCCGCCACUGAGGAGCCGCCCGCCCGGGAGAAAUCCCCCGAGGUCGGUGUAAAGGAGGAGGCCGAGGCGGAGGAGGAGGCCGAAGCGGAGCAGGAGCAGGAGCGGGCUGAGGAGAAGGCUGGAAGAGAGUCUGAGGGGGAGGAACGGGCGGAGGAGGAGGAGGAGGAGGCCGAGGCCGACGAGCAGCCGCCGACCCCGCAGCAGCAGCAGCGAGAGCAGCCGACGCCCGAGGAAGCGGAGGACGACGACGACGAUGAGGCGGAGCAGGAGCAGGAGGACGACGACCUCUCCUUCAGCGACCCCGAGGACUUCGUGGACGACAUCGAUGAGGAAGAAUUACUUGAAGAUAUUUUGCAAGAACGUCCACAGGAGGCAGAUGGAAUUGAUUCGGUGAUUGUGGUGGAUAAUGUUCCCCAGGUUGGACCAGACCGUCUCGAGAAACUGAAGAAUGUUAUCCAUAAGAUCUUCUCGAAAUUUGGGAAUAUCACCAAUGAACAUUACCCCGAAGCUGAUGGCCAGACUAAAGGGUAUAUUUUCCUCGAAUACAGUUCUCCAACUCAUGCUUUGGAUGCCAUAAAAAAUGCAGAUAGCUACAAGCUGGACAAGCAGCACACUUUCAGGGUCAACCUUUUCACUGACUUUGACAAAUACAUGACAAUCAGUGAUGAGUGGGAAAUUCCAGAAAAACAGCCAUUUAAAGACCUGGGGAAUUUGCGCUACUGGUUGGAAGAUGCAGAUUGUAGAGAUCAGUACAGCGUGAUCUUUGAAUCUGGAGAUAGGACCACUAUUUACUGGAAUGAUGUUAAGGAUCCUGUCACAAUUGAGGAGAGAGCUCGAUGGACAGAAACCUAUGUACGCUGGUCUCCAAAGGGUACCUACCUGGCUACAUUCCAUCAGAGGGGCAUUGCUUUGUGGGGUGGAGAGAAAUUCAAACAGAUUCAGAGGUUCAGCCACCAGGGGGUGCAACUCAUUGACUUCUCACCUUGUGAAAGGUAUAUGGUGACCUUCAGCCCUCUAAUGGAUACACAGGAUGACCCUCAAGCGAUCAUUAUCUGGGAUAUCCUAACCGGACAGAAGAAGCGAGGAUUCCACUGUGAAAAUUCAGCCCACUGGCCCAUUUUUAAGUGGAGUCAUGAUGGUAAAUUCUUUGCUCGAAUGACGUCUGACACACUUAGCAUCUAUGAAACACCUUCAAUGGGUCUGUUGGAUAAGAAAAGUUUGAAAAUCACAGGGAUCAAAGACUUCUCCUGGUCUCCAGGUGGCAAUAUAAUUGCCUUUUGGGUGCCUGAAGAUAAAGAUAUCCCAGCAAGGGUGACGUUGAUGCAGCUGCCAUCCAGGCAGGAAAUCAGAGUGCGGAAUCUGUUCAAUGUGGUGGACUGCAAGCUACACUGGCAAAAGAACGGGGAUUAUCUCUGUGUAAAAGUAGACAGGACCCCCAAGGGGACACAGGGUGUAGUGACCAACUUUGAAAUCUUCCGGAUGAGAGAGAAGCAGGUUCCAGUCGAUGUGGUAGAAAUGAAAGAGAGCAUCAUAGCCUUUGCUUGGGAGCCAAAUGGAAGCAAGUUUGCUGUGUUGCACGGAGAGUCGCCACGAAUAUCCUGUUCCUUCUACCAUGUGAAAAACAAUGGGAAGAUAGAGCUCAUUAAAAUCUUUGACAAGCAGCAGGCAAACACGAUAUUCUGGAGUCCUCAAGGACAGUUUGUGGUGUUGGCUGGUCUCAGAAGCAUGAAUGGUGCCUUAGCGUUUGUCGAUACAUCUGACUGCACCAUGAUGAACAUUGCUGAGCACUACACAGCCUCAGAUGUCGAAUGGGACCCAACAGGUCGCUACUUAGUGACUUCUGUGUCUUGGUGGAGUCACAAGGUGGACAAUGCCUACUGGCUGUGGACUUUCCAGGGUCGCCUCCUCCAGAAGAAUAACAAAGACCGAUUCUGCCAAAUACUGUGGAGACCCAGGCCACCUACUUUGCUCACCCAGGAUCAAAUAAAGCAAAUCAAGAAAGAUCUGAAAAGAUACUCUAAAAUAUUUGAACAGAAAGAUCGUCUGAGCCAAUCUAAAGCCUCAAAGGAACUGGUAGAUAGAAGGCGAACAAUGAUGGAGGACUUCAAGAAAUACCGCAAGAUGGCACAAGAGCUGUACAUGGAACAGAGGACUGAGCGGUUGGAACUCCGAGGAGGAGUGGACACAGAUGAGCUGGACAGCAACGUAGAUGAUUGGGAAGAGGAGACUGUUGAAUUUUUUAUCAACGAAGAAAUUAUUACAGUUGCAGAGCCAGAGUAAUCCGAAGGCCGUGCACCCACCAUAUCUUGUACUGAGAAGGGAUUCUUUUCAUUUUCAGAAGGUCUACACAUCUUUGGAAUUUUUUAAACCCAUAUUCUCUCUGGACAGUGAAUGCACAGGAUUCAUUCAUUCUGACCCAUUGUAGUGCCUUCUAGUCCCCCGCUGCCUCCUGAGGGGUCAAUUGAAAGGCACUGCUUUUAAAUUUUUAUUCCUUUAUUGGAGGAGGGUUUAGUUUAACUUUUAGAAUUCUACCACCAGUAUUUGCUGCUUGACGCUCCAGCAGUGCUCCCAAUUGAGAAGCUCGGAACUGUUGCCCUUCCAAGUGCUCAGCCUUGGCGCACUUUCCAGCGUCUUUUUUGCAGACUACAAUGCCUCUGUUUGCUGAGGACUGUUCCUGUGUCCCAAUUGUACAGACGGCUGUUGGUUCUGUAUGGGGAAAGAUCAGCGAGAAAGCAGCUCUCCACGCGAUGUGCUUUCACGCGCGGAAGCAGCACUACAGUGGGCUUUACCCUCCUCCAUUCAGAUUGUGACAGGAUCUCUCCACGGGUUGAACAUUGGAAAUAAAGCAGAUCUACAUGCUUAACAAAGAAA